UCUAAAAAGCGUUUUAAAAGUAUUUAAAAAAGAAGCCGUUGUUCUAAAGCGGAAAGUUGCUUUUGUGUGACCGCCUUCACUCUCACGCUGUGAUGUUGAUCAUUUCCAUGGAUAUAGAUAACUGUUAGUCGCGCAGCACUUCCGUGUGUAAUCGCCAGAAAAAACAUUCAAACCAAAGCAUUGAGGAAUAACAAGGAACGUCACAGGAAAUUCACAUAGAGAGUUUUUCCAUCUCUUUCAUUUUCUGUAAGGGGCGUGCACUCCAUUACAGUGUCCAGGGAAGGAAUCUCAUGCACGUAGGAGGCGCCAGACAGGUGAACGUGACCGCAGAGAACAAAUCCCCUUUGUGCGAGUGUUUUUAGAAUAAUUGUUCGCUAUCGGAACAGUUUUAUUAUUAUUAUUUUUACAAUUUCCAUUACAGUUUACGGAAUGAAAACGGAUUACAAAUAAAAUAACUUCGGCAUCAGUAUUCCCAACAGUUGUCUUUGAACAGGUAAAUAGAUCAGCAAAACAUCAGAUCCCAUGGCUGGUCAGGUGCCCAUGAUGCCAGUUCCACUUAGACCUGCUGGUUGCCCCCCAGGCCUGGAGUACCUGACCCAGAUUGAUCAGCUCCUUGUUCAGCAGAAGGUUGAGCUUGCUGAAGUUAUAUUGGGCUGGGAGACCAAUAAUAAGUACAUGGUGAAGAACAGUAUGGGGCAACAGGUGUUCUUUGUGGCUGAGGAAAACGACUGCUGUAACAGACAGUUCUGUGGACCUUUGCGCUCGUUUGUUCUCCACGUUCAGGAUAACAUGGGACAGGAAGUGAUGACGCUCACACGCCCUCUGAAAUGUGGGAGCUGCUGCUGCCCCUGUUGCCUACAAGAGCUUGAAAUCCAGUCUCCUCCUGGCAACCCAAUUGGAUAUGUCAUCCAAAACUGGCAUCCUUUCCUCCCCAAGUUUACCGUACAGAAUGAGAAAAGAGAGGCAGUUCUGAAGAUUGUGGGGCCGUUCUGUUCCUGCAAAUGUUGCUCUGAUGUGAACUUUGAUGUUUUGUCCAUGGAUGAGUCCACAGAAGUGGGCAAAAUCUCUAAACAGUGGACUGGUCUGGUGAGAGAAGCUUUUACUGAUGCGGACAAUUUUGGCAUCUGCUUUCCUAUGGAUCUGGACGUGAAGAUCAAAGCUGCUCUUUUUGGAGCAUGCUUUCUCAUAGAUUUCAUGUUCUUUGAACAUAGUAAAUAAAAUAUAUUUUUCUGGAUACCAAGUUCUUACUUUUAAUUCUUCAUUGUCUUCAUUUCGGAUGUAAUCCAUGGAUUCAAAAAAUACUUCUGUGGCAUUUUCAACAUGCUUUUUGUGGAUAUUUAGAUUACUGAGAUCAAAAUUAUAUUAUGCACAUUACAUAAAAUUGUGUCUGUUUAUCAUAUUCUUGCAACACAACCACUAGGUGACAGCAGUUACCUUUACAAUAAUGUUGGGAUGUUCAGUAUCAACAAAACCUCUUUAAAGCAUUGCCAAAAGGUUAACUACCUUCAGGAUGAGGUAGAUAUGUAAUUAUUUGAGCUUUUACAACUUGAAAGCACUACACACAACAAGCAAUCAUGUAACAAACACAACAUUUUGCUUGUUUCAAUUCUUUUUUUUUUUCCUUUUUUUUUUUUUUCUUUUUUUUUGCCAGGUUAUCUUUUGUCUAAGCUUUUUAAUAUAAAAAUUCUGUUAUUCUAUGUAUUAUUGAUGAAAGUGUUUUAAAUGAUUUCUGCUAUCAUCAUCUGCUUUCAGAAUGUGCGGUUAUUCUAAGAAAUGUGUUAGAACAAUAACAUGGCUUGCAAGUAUAAAAGUGAUGCAUAUUAUAUUAAAACAUUUUAUAUUGUAAAAGCAGUUAACAUAAACAUAUAUAAAUGAAAUUGUGAAAUUAUUCCCAUUGUUCUCAAAAACAUCUGAUGUAUUCUCUUUUAGCACCUUCUGUCUGGUAUUAACCAUAUUCCCAAAGAGCUCAUCAACCCCUCAGUAUACCUUUUAGGAAGUUAAGUAGACAUUAGAUAAUGAUUAACACUUUUUUUUACCUUUGCUUUUAGAAGUUACAUAUUGCUCAGCAACAACACCUCAGUCAACACUCUUCUAGAAAGUUGUUAGCCCCAUCUCAGGAGGAAAUCUUCAAAAUUAUGCUUGAAAAACAGUUUAGAUGAGUCAAAUGAGGUGGGAAAUUAAGCGACCUAGAGAUCUAGAGACUUGUCACUUAAAUUCUGUAUUUGGUGAAAUGUGACAAAUGACAGCUCUUUAUAGAGAGGAACAAAUGAGAAGGUACCAACAAUAAAUUCCCUUACUAAGUUUAAGAAUAUUGUGGAGACAAAAAUUGUUUGACAAAGAACAGAAUAUUUACAAAAUACUGUCAACAGUAUAUGUG